AUGGCGGCAAGCGUGGAUGCUAAGCUGCUGAGGCAGACCAAGUUCCCUCCGGAAUUCAGUCGGAAGGUUGACAUGACCAAGGUGAAUAUUGAGGUUAUGAAGAAAUGGAUCGCGGGAAAAAUUUCUGAAAUUCUGGGAAACGAAGAUGAUGUCGUCAUCGAGCUGUGUUUCAAUCUUUUGGAAGGGUCGCGCUACCCCGAUAUCAAAUCUCUACAGAUCCAGCUCACGGGAUUUUUGGAUCGGGACACUGCGAAAUUCUGCAAGGAGCUCUGGUCUUUGUGUCUAAGUGGUCAAGAGAAUCCUCAAGGCGUCCCCAAGGAGCUCUUGGAAGCGAAGAAGUUGGAACUCAUUCAAGAGAAGAUCGAAGCAGAAAAAGCAGCCGAAGAGGCACGCCGGCAGAAGGAACAAGAACAAACCCGAGAACGAGAUUUGGAAAGAUUGAGACAAAGGGAGCGCUCUGACCGCGCGAGAGGGGGCAGGAGAGGCGGUGGCCGUGGAGACGACGCAGCCGCGAUCGUUUUCGCGAGCCUCCCCCGAGACGGGAGUUCGAUUCAUAUGUCCCCUCAGGCCCUCGUAGAGGACGCCGACCCUCCCGGUCACCGAGUCGCUCUCCCUCUCGAUCUGUGUCCUCAUCCCGGUCACCACCUCGUCAACAAAACAAAGGUAGAGAUAGGCGAGACCGACGCCGUCGCUCGGUCAGCAGCUCGGUUUCCCCGGAUAGAGGGGACCGCCGGAGACCGCGAAGACGCAGUCCAGACUAUGGUGAUCGAGCUAGAUCCAUCUCCCGCAGUGAUUCAUCCCGCUCACGUACUCCCAGAAGAGACCGAAGGAGACAGAGAUCGGUGUCGUCCCGCAGUCCAUCCCGAUCUCCUGUACGCAGAGAUCGACGCAGGAGAAGAGACUCUUCCGUUUCGAGGUCAAGAUCUGCAUCUGACCGCUCUCGUUCUAGGUCUCGAGGGCCAGGCCCGCAAAUCCCGUGAUGACCGCCGUUUGAGUCGCAGCAGAGAGCGUGACAACGACCGCAGACGCCGUCAUUCAACCAGAAGCGUGAGUCGCAGCCGUAGCCGCAGUCGAGGCCGGACCCGCAGUGCCAGCAAUAGUCCGAGACGUUAUGAUUCUCGCAGUCGCAGUCGCAGUGAUAGCCGCAGUCGAAGUCCCAGGAGGGAAAAGAGACGUCGUUCACUUCAGAGAUAUGCCCCUGCCGGCCGAAGACGGCGUAACACCUCUUCUGUAUCCGUACCUACUGAGAAGCGACAGAAGAUGACUGAUGAUGAGGACACUGCAAAGCGAUCACCUCCGCCGGCUGAAAACCCAAACUCAACGGAUCAAGAGAUGAAGGAUGCUGAUGAGAAAAUCUCCUCAAGAUCAAGAACUACACGCAUAUCCAGUACCGAGCUCCGCGAGAAACUGCUUCGAGAGAAGUUAGUCGCAAAGCGUCGUACCGCCUCUGACAAGGUAGGUGACAACUCGAAAGGACAGGAGUAA